GCGGCCGCGCGGGGGCGGGAAGGGCGGCAGGAAGGAAGCGCCGCUCGGACGCGCCGGGAGGAGGAGCGGCGGCCCGGCCGGAAGGCGGGGAGGGGCGGCCGUUGGCCCGCGGCGGGCCGCUCUCGGCGCCUCCCGGGGCGGCGGCGGCGCCCGCGCCUCCUGCACCCGGCGCGGCGUAGCGGCGGGAGGAAGAUGGAGACCCACAUCUCGUGCCUGUUCCCCGAGCUGCUGGCCAUGAUCUUCGGCUACUUGGACGUCCGAGACAAGGGUCGCGCGGCGCAGGUGUGCACGGCCUGGCGGGACGCCGCCUACCACAAGUCGGUGUGGCGGGGCGUGGAGGCCAAGCUGCACCUGCGCCGGGCGAACCCGUCGCUGUUCCCCAGCCUGCAGGCCCGGGGCAUCCGCCGCGUGCAGAUCCUCAGCCUCCGCCGCAGCCUCAGCUACGUGAUCCAGGGCAUGGCGAACAUCGAGAGCCUCAACCUCAGCGGCUGCUACAACCUCACCGACAACGGCCUGGGCCACGCGUUCGUGCAGGAGAUCGGCUCGCUGCGCGCUCUCAACUUGAGCCUUUGCAAGCAGAUCACCGACAGCAGCCUGGGCCGCAUAGCCCAGUACCUCAAGGGCCUGGAGGUGCUGGAGCUGGGGGGCUGCAGCAACAUCACCAACACCGGCCUUCUGCUCAUUGCCUGGGGGCUGCAGCGCCUCAAGAGCCUUAAUCUCCGCAGCUGUCGCCACCUCUCGGAUGUGGGCAUCGGGCACCUGGCCGGCAUGACGCGCAGCGCUGCCGAGGGCUGCCUGGGCCUGGAGCAGCUCACUCUUCAGGACUGCCAGAAACUCACGGAUCUUUCCCUGAAGCACAUCUCGCGAGGGCUGACGGGCCUCCGGCUCCUCAACCUCAGCUUCUGCGGCGGCAUCUCGGACGCGGGCCUUCUGCACCUGUCGCACAUGGGCAGCCUGCGCAGCCUGAACCUGCGCUCCUGCGACAACAUCAGCGACACCGGCAUCAUGCAUCUGGCCAUGGGCAGCCUGCGCCUUUCCGGUCUGGAUGUGUCGUUCUGUGACAAGGUGGGAGAUCAGAGUCUGGCGUACAUAGCCCAGGGACUGGACGGCCUCAAGUCCCUCUCCCUUUGCUCUUGCCAUAUCAGUGACGAUGGCAUCAACCGCAUGGUGCGGCAGAUGCACGGGCUGCGCACGCUCAACAUUGGACAGUGUGUGCGCAUCACGGACAAGGGCCUGGAGCUGAUCGCUGAGCACCUGAGCCAGCUCACGGGCAUAGAUCUGUACGGCUGCACCAGGAUCACCAAGCGCGGCCUGGAGCGCAUCACGCAGCUGCCCUGCCUCAAGGUACUUAACCUGGGACUUUGGCAGAUGACGGACAGUGAGAAGGUCAGGUGAGGGCGGCAGUUCCAGUUCCCCCGCCCCGCCCUGUUCAUCCCAGGACCACCACUGUUCCGCACACUCACGCGCGCACUUACACGUUCAGGGCAGUGGCCGCGGUGGGGCGAUGACGGAAGCCUGGGCUCUCUUCUCCUAGUCUGGCGCCCCUCUCCACUGCGUCUGGAGUUGUUCUGCUCCCUCUACCCACUCUCCUUUCCCAGUGAGGGGAGAGAUGGACCCUGCUGUUUCUCUGCCCACUCUUCUGCAGGGUAUGGAGACUUUCAGCCACCGACAACUGUAUCCUGGGGCACUGCAUUUGGAAAUGGGGUGGGGGCGGGGAGGGACUAGUCGUUUCAACCCCGAGGAGUUGAGGAAAGAUGCCUGCCUUCACUUACACUUUCAUUUGGAUACUGUGAUCUGGCUUUUAAUUCCAAACGUGUAGAAAGCAAGCCCGACUUGAACAGCCUUCUCAUCCACUUUGUAGCCAGUCUCCUCUCAUCGCUGCCCCUUUGGUAUCUGCAACUCACUUCGGUUCUGGUUUUGUUCUUGUUCUGUUUUUUUGUUUUGUUUUUUAUCUGCUUCCUUUUUAGUUUUCAAAGAAAUUUGAAAUCAUUGUUCUUUUUUCUUUCUGCUGAGUAUAUUCUCAUAUAUAUAUAUAUAUAUAUAUGUGUGUGUGUGUGUGUGUAUGUAUAUAUAUAUAUGUCUGGCUACCUCGUUUUAGUUUACUUUUUUCUCUUAAGCCCUGGAAUUCUACAAGAGAGAUAUUUUGAGAUUGAAACAUUUUUGUGCCUAGACUGGAAAGAUGCCCACUGGGUUUGUAUCUGUUUUUGGUUUUGGCUUCUUCCCAACCUCCCUGUACCCAAUGUGCCCCACUUCCGCAUCCUGGCUACGACCCCACCCCCCACCCCACCCCCAGUCUAUUGGGCUUUGAUGACCCAACCAUGUUUCUAUAUUGAUUUAAUUUAUAGCACAAAUGUAUGGGAGAAAUGAGAGCAGAAUUUCCUUUUUGUUUGUUUGUUUGAGAUGCAGAUUUGAGUCUUGAAGAGGAGUAUUAUAUAUGCAAAUUAUGCCCCACCCCAACCCUCUUGCAAGUCUUCCCACCGAGAGGUUAGCUAGUGAGGCUGUUAGCUAGUGAGGCUUCCCGUCCUGUCGGGGAGUGAGCCGUGUCAGCAGAGAGCCUGAGGCUAUGUGAAUGAAGGGAGGAGGCUGAACUUCAUGUCCUGUCUGAGUUCUGUUCUCGAAACGGGAGCUUGUGGGUUUGAAAACUUUUGUUUCUAAAUGGAGGAAUAGAUGACUUUAUUUUGGUGGGGGGUUGGGACUGUGGCUUUAAAACAAAUCGCUUUUGAGUAGGAUGUAUAUUUUUGUUGGAUAUUUUGUUUGUUUAUUUUUUUAGAGUCCUCCACAGCAACAUGAGAGACCAUGGAGAAACCCAGAGACCUUUAUCAAUUAAUUGUACUGUUUGUGAAUUUGUAUAAAUAACAAAGAUCCUCUUAAAACGUUUAUAUUCUUACAGCAAAAGGUUAAACUGAUAUUUAUAUAAUAAAAGAGGAAAUAUGAAGUAUGUUUUUGAAAAAAAAAGCACAAAAUCCCCCCCUUGUAUCUGUGAAUUAUUUUUAAGGCAUUGUGUGUCGGGUACAUGCUCAGGUGGGAGGUGUUAGGAGUGCACAGAAACUGGAACUAAGGUGGAGUUCAGCUGGCUCAUGUGCUGUAAGUUUAUGGUUGAGAAUUUCUUUUGUGUAAGAUUUACCACUGACAUCCAAAUGUUCUGUCUCUAGAAAUGUGAUCAGACUGGAGAGUUCUAUAAAUUUUGGUUUUAAACUGUCAACAUGGAAACUGAAAGAAAAUGAAACUUUUUUUUUUUUUUAAGAGACCAGACUUGGAAGAGUCAGAGUGGCCAGUUUCUUUUUGGGAAUGGUGGUGGUAGAGGUGAGAUCCAGGGUAACUGUGAAGAAGCCGGUCCUGAGCUCUGGAAAUGCGAGAGUAGGAGGGGUGUCCUCACAUUGGGUGCACAGUGAGGGACACGCAGUAAGACGCAGAGGGAGCCAGCCAUUGUUCCGGGGAAGUUGAAAGUGCUGUCCUAGCUGGCUGGCCCAGUCCUGCGUGCUCCUGUGUGUGUGCAGGUCCAGCGGAAGGGGGCAGCAGUGCUCUUUAACAUCCCCCUUCAGGCCUGCCUGCAUGCAGACCCUUUGCUGGGGCUUAGACUGGUCAAAGUUAAGGCACACUUUCGUUUGGAGCCCUUCUAGUGCCCAGGCUGGCCACUGAGCCAUUGGUAAGGGUACAGGCUGGAUUAAGGGCGGAUAGAUGGAUACCAGCAAUGUUAGCAUAGUUCUCCUACAUAGACAAGCAGCACUGUGACUUCUGUAAGCCGAGGGACAGAGGCGGGAGUGAGCGAGUCGCAGCCCUGGGUUCACGUUGGUGGGCUUUGUUUCUGAGGUCACUUUCUCCACUAGAAACCCAGGUUUCCUAGGUCAACCCAUCUUUCCUAGGUCAACCCAUCUUUCCCGGCAGACAGCUGGAACCCAGGUUGUUGCAGGGUGUGACGGUCCUGUACACUUUCUAAGCUUUAAGCCUGAACAACAGAAAAGCUGUGCCGUUCCUUUCUCAAGUCACCAAAACCUGCUCUGAGUCCCACACUAGAUCUAUCUUCCCUUUCUUUAGGGACAAUACAGAUUUCUAUUCCCUAAAGACAAAGCAUGCAACAACAAAAAGUAGGAAUCCUGGAGAGCAGUCUGAAUCAGGCCUGCUUCCUAGGAAUCUCACCCAGCUCCCAGGGUCCCGCUGUGGUCCGGUCUGUAAGUCACGCCGCGAUACCAGUCUCCAUCGGAUAAGCAAAUAAUCCCAC